AUCGAACGAGACUAGCAUCCACCACCACCACCACCACCACCACCACCACCGCAUCAAGUAGUACAUUCACAUUCACGAGUAUUGACAGCUCGCCUUCUCUGCUUCCCAAAGAUCUCAUCUCGAUUGCCGCGUCGCAUCUUAGACUGCCAACUCAAUACCUUUGUCGCACCCCGUCGACUCGAUCGCACAGCAUGCCUGCAGAGGAGGUACCGCACCUGCCACCCGAGCUGCAGACGCUGAUUAGUGAGCUCGCGGCAGAGACCGAUGUCUCGUCUGCGCUGGCCCUUUCCUCCACCUCAAAGAUGCUGUCCACUUCUGCUGUCAAGUCACUCUUCUCGCACCCAUUCCUGCACACGCUUGGUCAGGUCAAGAGCUUCACAGCUGCCCUGCGGAGAUCACCAGAGUUGAAGCCUUUGGUCAAAAGUCUGGCAAUAGAAGAUCGCUACUUGCACCUCUCCACCAGCAUAGCAGACUAUCCUGAUAGUCAUGACUUUGACAAGCCGGACGAGCGCGAGCCAGCAACCUUUGAGCUUUGCGAGCUCAUCGAAGAUCUCGUCACGUCGCACAAUCUUCGCGCGCUGGCUCUUACCGUCACGGGAGCAAGAAACUUUAUCGACAUCUUCGAACAACCCUCACCGGCCAAGCAGCCUUUCACACAGCGCCUGGCUCUCGAUAAGCUUGCGCUGACGGGAACCGAUAUCCAAUCAUCAUUUCUCUUCAAAUGGUUCCACUCUCGCCAGCUCAUACUGUACACCUGUGACGACGCCAUGUGGGGAAUGGGUACAUUCAACAACGUUCGUUUCAGCACAUGUCCUAAUGAUAGUGACAGUCAUCCAGGGCAGACCGUAUCAGCUCCACUAGAGCUGAUUUACUGCGUCGGGAACGUGAGCGGCCACGUGGGCGAGGAGGCUGCCGUUCAAGCGCUUCUACCACUCCACAAAGCGCUUCUAGGCCGGCACACCAACAACAAGGUGGAUCCGCGAUUCGAGAGAGUGGUGCUUCGCAUGCGUCGCAGUCUCGCUUCGGAGGCGCAAGUGCAAGCGAUAGUGGAGAAGGGCAGGAAUCUACUGGACGCGCCCAUCGAAGCAGCAGGAUGGGACACUAAGCAGGCAAAGACCCAGAUCGAAGCGGAACAGUUGGACUUGACCAGCGGUGCAUGGCUUCAUAUCGGCGAAGCGAAAGAUUUGGAGAAAGACGUUGAGCAACUCGGCGACUUGAAGAAUUGGUCUGACGACGACGGAUCACGCAUUACAGAGUAUGACGCAGAAGAUUACGACGAGGGAGCGAGCUUGGCGGAUGAACAAACCGACGCCUUGCGCGACGCUCUGCUUUCGUGACUUGUCUCCUCAUCACCUAUACAUCACACGUCGCGCUAGCGAUGAGAUUCCGUGUAUUCCUGCGAGCCGACUCGAAAUGCUCUUGCUGUCAGGCUAUACGCGUACGUCUGUCAGUGCCGCCGCUCAAAGUCACUCGUUGAUGCAUCGAGCGCGAAGAUUGAGCGCGAACAUGGCGUGUCUUGCAAGUUUAUCGGCUCAUAUCGACUGCGCAGCAGCAGUGCAUCGCAUUUGAAGCCUCUGCAGCAUGCAUCAUCUCUGUUCUCGGGACAAGUCCGCGCUGAACGGAACUUUGCGCGUGUACGCACGAAAAGUCCCGUCUGCGAGGUUGUCGACUCGGUAUACAUACGCGAGUGUAGCCAUGCAUGUAGCAGCAAGCAGUCACCAAGUCGACUUUGAAUCGAGCGGCGAUCGUAUGCCGCCACCUGACUUUCUGCGGGCUUGCUGUCGCG